AGCUUUAUUUUGAAGUCACAAAGCGUGACACGGAAAUGUUUCAUAACUUACGUUCUGCUGCUGAAGUGAAGCCAAAACGCGUUUUAUCCAUACACUGUUUUAUCUUCAUAGUUUUUUACUCGAAAUUAGAAGAAUGAACCGAAAAGAUGAUUAUGAUUCAUAUGAGAUUGAAGAGCCGAGUGAUGAGGAAGGAGCCGAAAGCAGUUCUGAAGAUGAGCUGGAUGUUCUUCUCCACGGGACUCCAGAUCAGAAGAAGAAGCUGAUCAGAGAGUAUCUGACGGGGGAGAGCGAGUCCUCCAGCGGGGACGAGUUUGAGAAGGAGAUGGAGGCCGAGCUCAGCAGCACCAUGAAGAGCCUGGAGUACAGCUGGACUGCAUCUUCAGCUGCAGGUCAAACAUCUGGGACCGGUGACUGCACUUCCACAGCGAACAAGCAACAGACUCAGGAGUAUGACAGCAUUUACUUCGACUCAGAUGAAGAUGAAGAUGGCACAGCUGGCAGCUCUCAAGGUCUGAAGAGGAAGCAGCGCUCUGUUCUCACAAACGAUGAGCUGUUAUACGACCCAGACAAGGAUGAUCGCGACCAGGCUUGGGUGGAUGCAAAAAGAAAAGCAUACAGAAAUCAGAGGCGGCUGCCACCAUCAGCGGACAGAAGAAACAAACCACACACUGUUCCUAGCAGUGAUGCUGUCCUCAACUGUCCUGCCUGUAUGACCACCUUAUGCCUGGACUGUCAAAGGCAUGAGAGAUAUCGGACGCAGUACAGAGCCAUGUUUGUGAUGAACUGCACAGUCAACAAAGAGGAAGUGCUGCGCUAUAAAACCCCCAAUAAGAGAAAACAGAACCGGCAGAGGAAGAAGGCCCGUCGGGAGACCACGUCCACAUCUACAGAGGCUGAAAUGGAGUCAAGUGCAGGUCUGACUGAUGCACGAUUGGCAGGAAUGGAUGAAGAAGAGAUAUAUCACUCAGUCAAGUGCACAGAAUGCUCCACUGAAGUGGCAGUGUAUGAUAAAGAUGAGGUGUAUCAUUUCUUCAACAUCCUAGCAAGUCACUGCUAAGGACAUCUACUGGACUUAUAAAUACAAUCCACAUGUUUUGGUGGGUUUGAUGAUGCGCAUCACCAGGCAACUUUGCUGUAAAGUACAUGGAGAGUGAGAGAGAGAAAAAAAAUUUGGGGGAAAGGAAUAGGACUAGACAUUUAAUUUUAUUUAUAGGGUUUGUAUAUUCUGUAAAAUGUAAACACUUUCAUGCGAUCCACUUCCUGUAAAUGACAUCUAAUAUUUCCAUAAAAGUUGUUCUGUUGCCUCUCAGA